ACGGUGCAUAAUCACAUCUUGCGUUGGUUCAGUACUAGUGUGCUUGAAACCGACUGAGCACAUCUCGGGUCCAGAUCGCUACUUCCGCUAUUGUUCGUCCAAACAAUAAACGCUCUGGAUCGUGUCCCGACUAGCACAGUACAGGCGCAGGGUCCUUAAAAAGUGCACGAUGUCGGAGAGUAUGCCCACUUCAUACAUAAUGCUGGUCAACGCGGUGCUUGCGGCUUUCAUACCUUUGCUGGUAUACCUGCUUUAUCUCGUCUUCAUACAACCUCGGUUCAACCCCCUCAGGAAACUCCCUGGCCCUCCCAGCAAGAGAUGGCGUGCAGACCAUUUGGGAAUGGUUAUGAACCCUUCCGUAUCUCCUCGAAUGCAUGAAGCGUUCGUCAAACAAUACGGCCGGAAUAUCACGAUCCGCGGGCCUAUACCUUGGGACUACCGGUUCUUCACGCUCGAUCCGGUUGCGCUCGGGCAUGUGAUGAAGAACUCGCAUCUGUACGAGAAGCCGUGGCAGUCGCGCCGCCUUAUUACGGGAUUGAUAGGAUGUGGCAUGCUCGCAGCGGAGGGGGCCGCCCACAAACGUCAGCGACGUGUCGCAACCCCCGCGUUCUCGAUCCAGAACAUGCGUGCCCUAGUUCCUCUCGUCUUUGCCAAGGGCCACGAGUUAAAGGAACGGUGGGCCGCAAUGAUUGCCGAUCCUAUUGCAGGAGACAGCGGGAAGGAUGCACGACGCAGGAUUGAUGUAUGCCAUUGGGUCAGCCGGGCGACGUUUGAUGUCAUUGGGUCUGCUGGCUUCGAUUAUCAGUUCAACGCCAUACAGAACGAGUCAAACGAGCUAUUCAACGCAUACAAGGAAAUGUUUGAGGUUGCAAUUUCGCAGCAGCAAGGCUCGUAUCGCGGAUUGUUCGCAAUCUAUUUCCCCAUCAUCGACGUGUUGUUUCCAGAUAAAGCUGUGCGUACCGUCAGGCGAUGCCAGGGGGUCAUUCGAAGAGUGGCCGGCCAACUUGUCCAAGAAAAGAAACGAAAGAUUGCGGAAGCCGAGGCUAGCGGUGUCGCACACCAAGGAAAGGAUCUGCUGAGCUUACUGUUAAGGUCCAACGCUGCUGCGGACCUUCCGCCUGAACAACGUAUCUCUGACGAAGAUAUACUGCAUAACAUCAAUACCUUCAUGUUCGCUGGUUCCGAUACCAGCUCGCUUUCGAUCACCUGGACGCUCUUCCUUUUGGCGCGAUAUCCCUCGAUCCAGACGCGCCUACGCGCCGAGCUCCUCGCUGUCGCGCCCACAGCAUCUCUUGCGGCGCUGACAUCAGAGGAGAUCGCCUCCUUGUACGCGGCAGUCACAGACCUUCCGUUCCUCGAGAAUGUCGUGCGCGAGUCGCUGCGCCUCAUACCGCCCGUACACUCUUCGAUCCGUGUUGCGACGCAGGACGAUGUUGUGCCGACGUCUGUACCCGUCAGGACGCGCAUGCCUGACGGGAGUGUGCAAGACCUGAUGCAUGUCAUGGUUCCGAAGGGCGCCUUCAUCCACGUACCGGUAGAAGGGUUCAACAUGGAUAGGGAGGUAUGGGGACACGAUGCAUGGGCGUUCAAUCCUGAUAGAUGGGACAACCUCCCCGAAGCCGUCGCGUCUCAGCCUGGUUUGUACAACAAUACAUUGUCAUUUUCCGCAGGUCCUCGGUCCUGUAUCGGCCUGCGCUUUUCUAUCAUCGAGAUCAAGACGUUUCUUUAUAUCCUCCUGACCAAUUUUGUGUUUGCGGAGACUGAAAGUCAAGUCGGCAAAGCCAACGUAGUUCUGACGCGACCAUACGUCAUCGGAAAGCACAUGGAGGGCAGCCAGUGUCCUCUGUACGUGUCUCCAUACGUGGCAGAAGCCUAGACUUUUUAAGCGUAGGCCGCUACGUCCACGUCAGCCCUACUAGCUACUCAUUUUACUGCCUAAAUUAUCUCAGUCGUAUUCACGUUGUAUGCAGCUCUGUAUCUCCGCCAUUAAUGUACAAUGACCUCGUAUCAA